AUGAAAGAGCAAAUAGAAAAGAUUCAGCGUGACAUGGUGCAAAAGAUGGAGGAGUCCCAAAAUGAUCUGGUGGCUAAGAUGACGCAAUUAUUGAAGGGAGUAGAUAAGGGUAAAGGUCCUGUGAUUGUUAGUGAAGAAGAAAACAAUGGUGAACCACUUUAUCCUCCAGGUUUCACGCCUCGCAUGCAUAAUCUGAUCGAGUGCAUCGCGGAGACCCUCUGUGAAAGUCUUACGGGAGCGGCGUCAAAAUGGUACAAUCAGCUGAGCCGAGCUAAAAUUGCUACUUGGAGGGAUUUAGCACAGGCUUUCCUGAGACAAUACAAUCAUGUCUCAGAAAUGAUGCCUGACAGGAUAACUCUGCAAAAUUUAGGGAAGAAAUCGAACGAAAGCUUCAGACAAUAUGCGCAGAGGUGGCGAGAGGUGGCGGUUCAGGUGCAACCACCGCUUUUGGAAAAAGAGAUGACGACGCUUUUUAUUAAUACUUUGAAAGCCCCGUUCAUCACUCACAUGUCAAUUACCGUGAAUCAACCAAAGAAAGUGGUUGCUAAUCAACAGGGAUCAUCAAGACAAGAGUUGGGAGCUAGGCAAACUACUGAAAAGCCCCAAUUCACGCCAAUCCCGAUGUCAUACAAGGAGUUGUAUCAGACUUUAUUCGAUGCACAUGUUGUUGCUCCUCGUUACUUGAGUCCUCUACAACCCCCGUAUCCAAAAUGGUAUGAUACGAACGCGCAAUGUGAUUAUCAUGCGGGAAUUUCUGGGCACUUGAUAGAAAAUUGUACUGCCUUCAAGAAGGUAGUAGAAGGACUUAUCAAAUUAGGUGUUGUCAAACUUGACGACUCACCUAACGCAAAGAAUCCGUUACCUAAUCACGCAGAUAAGGGGGUGAAUAUGGUUAGCGAAGGUACGGGAGAAGAAGUCAAGACUGACAUUGCUGAAGUAAAAACUCCAUUGAAACGGGUCUGGAAAGAAAUAGCAAAAAGAGGGUUGGUUAUUUCAGAUUCUGAGGAAGGGCAUGAGAUGGGAAAUUAUUGUGAAUUUCACCAUAAAACAGGGCAUGAAAUCCAAGAAUGUGAAGGAUUCAAGGCUUUGGUUCAAAGCAUGAUGGAUAACAAGGAGAUGAGGUUUUAUGAAGAUGCGAAAGAAAUGAGGAGCAUAUGCGCGACAGAGUUGGGAACAAAGGCUCCAAAAAUAAAUCAUCCUAUGGUCAUUAUCUCACGCCCUAAGGGUAAUGAGGUUAGGGCUCAGGUAACACCGAAAAUUGUAAUCCAGAAACCAUCAAAUUUCUCUUAUAGGGAUAACAAAAUGGUGCCGUGGAAUUACGGGUGUAAUGUGACCAUUUUGGGAAAAGAAGCAGAAAGAAAUCAGGAAAUAGGUUCUUACACGCGCAAUGGAAAAAGACAUGACGCUCAAGCAGAGUCGUCCAGGGAAGAGAAUUGGAAGAAAGAACAGAGGAAAGGGAAAGCAGUAGAAGUUGAGCCAUUGGUAAAUGAACCAAUAAAAGAAGAGGAGGCAAAGGAGUUUUUGAAGUUUCUGAAACACAGUGAAUACAGUGUGCUAAACGAAACAUAUGUGGCUGACGAUAUUUCGGUAAACAAGCUGGAUCGGUUGAUCAACAAUAUUGGUGCUGACAAUUUUAUCUUCUUCAAUGAUGAUGAAAUACCAUCCGGAGGAAGAUGUUCUACUAAAGCCCUGCAUGUUACUGUCCGAUGCAAAGGGUACACACUCCCGGAGGCCUUGGUUGAUAAUGGAUCUGCACUGAAUGUAUUGCCUUUGUCCACUCUUAGUCGAUUACCAAUAGACAGUUCGCACAUGAAAGCAUGCCAGAGCAUAGUAAGGGCAUUUGAUGGAACAAAAAAGGAGGUUAUGGGGAGAAUUGAGGUACCAUUAAGGAUUGGCCCAGUCACUUAUGAGGUGGAUUUCUUGGUAAUGGAUAUUAAACUUUCCUACAACUGUCUAUUGGGGAGACCGUGGAUACACUCAGCAGGGGCAGUACCUUCAUCAUUACAUCAGAAGGUGAAGUUGGUAUCGGAGGAUCGGUUGGUAACAAUAGAUGCAGAGGAGGAUAUUAUCGCAAUGAUGACUAGCGAUGCACCUUAUGUGGACAUCAACGAUGAGGCACUAGAAUGUUCUUUUCGGUCGUUAGAAUUUGUGAACGCGAUGUUUAUUGCGGAGGGAAAUAGAAUUCCAGUACCGAAAAUAUCCAGGACCACUGAGAUGGGAUUGCGAUUGAUGGUAGGAAGAGGAGCCUUACCCGGGAAAGGAUUGGGAAAAUAUCUUCAGGGAAGGAUUGAGGCACCAAUGCCGAAGGAAAAGUUUGAUAGAUUUGGUUUAGGGUACAAGCCAGACAUGAAGCAGAAGAAGAAAGAAGUAGAGAAGAGACAAGAGAAAAGAAGGGCGCGUUUGAAUGGACAUGAAGCUAAGUGUGAGCCUUUAACCUUUCCCCACAUAUCUACAUCUUUUGUGUCGGGAGGAUUUAUUCAUUCUGAAUGUGGAGUGUCCGGUAGCGGCAUGGGAGGAAUGUUGGAAAAUGUUUAUACCAACGCCAUAGAAGCAACGGAAAGGAGGGCCUUGUUGGAGAUCUGCCCUUAUGAGCCUAGAAGCAAGCUAAACAAUUGGACUGCUGAAGAAAUCCCUGUAGUCUUUAGGGCUUAUUCAGAGUCUUCAGAUAUCAAUGACAUGAGUGACGCUGCCUCAAACGCGGAGCCUAUUUUUGAGCAAGAAGUGUGUUUAGAGGGAUCCCACGACUUUGAAAAUGACGAAGAUUAUGAUGCAUCUCCGGACUUGUUAAGAAUGGUGGAACAAGAGGAUAAGCAUAUCCUACCUCAUAGGGAAUCAUUAGAAAUAGUGAGCCUAGAUGAUGGAAAGGAGGUGAAAAUUGGAACUGAAAUCACCGCAAAGACAAGGCAAGACCUCAUUAAUUUGCUCCGAUAG